GAAUUAAAGGUGCCACAAAGGGUAAUCUCUCUGUUAUCUACACAGUGGAGACUCCGAAGCCCUCCAUCGCCUGCAGCAACUCAAACCCCAGGAAGACUGAAACUGUGAUCUUAAACUAUGAACCUGAGAUUAAGGAAGCAAGCUACCUGUGGUGGGUAAAUGGUCAGAGCCUCCGAAUCAAUAGCACGUGGGAGCUGUCCAAUCACAACAGAACCCUCAUUCUAUUCAGUGUCACGGAGAAUGAUACAGGAUCCUAUGAAUGCGAAGUGAAGAAUCCAGUGAGUGCUAGCCGCAGUGAUCCAGUCAUCCUGAAUGUCCUUCCGGAGUUGCCCAGAGUCGCCAUCACCAGCAACAAAUAUAACGCCGUGGAACAUGAGGAUGAUAUAACCUUAACCUGUGAACUUGAAAUUGGAAAUGCCACCUACCUGUGGUUGGUAAAUGGUGAGAGCCUCCAGUUGAGUCCCAGCGUACGGCUGUCUCAUGAUUACAGGACCCUCACUCUACACAGUGUCACAAGAAAUCACACAGGAUCCUAUGAAUGUGAAAUACGGACCUCAAUGGAAGUCUUCCGCAGUGACUCAGUCACCCUAAGGGUCUCCUAUGGUCCAGACUUCCCCAGCAUUUCUCCUUCAGAUACCCUUUACCAUCAAGGAGAAAACCUCCACCUCUCCUGCUUCGCGGACUCUAACCCACCGGCAGAGUAUCGUUGGAUGGUUAAUGGGACAUUUCUGCCACCAGGAAAAGAGGUCUCUAUCCCCCAAAUCACUACAAAGAAUACUGGGCUCUAUGUUUGUUUUGCUUAUAACUCAGUCACUGGCAAAAGAACCUUCGCAUUCAAGAAGAUCAAAGUCGUUGGUAAGUGAAUCCCGGCAUCACUGGCAGUAGGUUUUUAGAUGGAGUCUAUCUGGCUUUCAGAGAAAGUCAGGAAAACAUUUUUAUUCCCAGCCUGUGUCCCGCAGGCACAAGCAAAUCCUAAUUUCUCCUCCUGAACCCUCCUAAUUUAUCUCUACGGACUCUGUUUUCCUUGUUUUUCUGAUUUCUCAUGACUGACCUUGUGUCCAGCCUGAGCAACGUAGGGAGGGGGCUUUGUCAGCCCUGAGCCCUGUGUGGUGGAAGAGGCUUCACAGAGGGACAAGAAGGAGAGUCCUCAAGAUCAGUUGCUUCUCGCUGUCGCCAACAUAUCCCUUUCUGUCACGUCUUUAUUUUCUUUUACCUACUGCAUGAGCUUCAAGAAACAUCUGAGGCCUUGAAACAAGCUCAUACUUUUACCCCAAAUGAGAGGAGGAAGCCCCUUGGAUGAGGGAGGAGCAGCUCAGACUCUGCUCCCUGCUCUGCUCUAGGCUCCUCUGUGACUGGCCCUGCCUGACUGCACCUGGGGUGGGACCAGUGUGUGAGGAGAAAGAGCCCUGGUGGCCUGUCUUGAAUUUGGCUAAAUCGAGUUGCCAGUUGAAGCCAAGUGUCCCCUGGGUCAGGCUGCAGGGAAAUAAGCAGAGAGGAAGCCUCAGGGGAGACUCCUGAGCUGUGUCCUGGCUCUG